CGAAACAUUCCUGCUGUUCUCAGACCCGCCGCUGCUGUCUCAGAUUUAUCCGCAGACAUGAGUGUGCGUUUAAUAGAAGUGAACAGAGACGUGGAGGAAGAGGAGGAGGAAGAGGAGGAAGAGGAGGAAGAGGAGAGCAGUCAGAACCCCACAGUGGUGAGGAUGAGUCAGAUUGUGAUGCCCUGUCACAGUAACCCCAGACAAGAGCUGAGUGUGGGACAACUGCUCAAGUGGAUGGACUCUACGGCCUGUCUGUCUGCUGAACGGCAUGCUGGGAGUCCCUGUGUCACUGCCUCCAUGGACGACAUCUACUUUGAGCACACAAUCAGCGUCGGACAAGUGGUGAACAUCAGGGCCAGAGUCAACAGAGCCUUCAACACCAGCAUGGAGGUGGACGUCCACGUGAGCUGUGAGGACCUGUUCCUGGGCCGUCACUGGAGAGUCUGCCACGCCUACGCCACCUUUGUCACACAGCGCACUAAAGCGGGAAAGAAGGUGAUGCUGAAGCCGCUGGCCCCUCACUCCCACAGUGAACACCUGGAGUACAGUCUGGCGGCCGAGAGGCGAAGGGUCAGGAUGCUCCACGAUGACAUCAUCAGAGACCUGCUCGCCAGUCGGGUCGUCGAACCGGGUGUGGAUGUGCAGGAGAAGGCUGUGUCUGCUGUGAAGACCAGAGUGGAGAGUGUGGAGCUGGUGCUGCCUCCUCACGCGAACCACCAGGUGAACACAUUUGGGGGACAGAUCAUGGCCUGGAUGGUUAAUGUGGCCACUAUAGCAGCCAGUCGUCUGUGCCAGGCUCACCCCACUCUCCGCGGGAUUGACAUGUUUAAGUUCCGGGGCCCGUCACAGGUGGGAGACCGUCUGCUGCUGAGGGCCAUCGUCAACAACGCCUUUAAGAACAGUAUGGAGGUGGGGGUCCGCGCUGAGGCCUACCAGGAGGAGGGGCCUAACCGACACAUAAACUCCGCCUUCAUGAUCUUCGAGGUCCUGGAUACGGAUGGGAAACCUCGCCUGUUACCACGGAUACGGCCGGAGCCUGUGGAGGGGCGGAGGCGUUUUGAGGAGGCCAUUGCUCGCAAGAAGAUCCGUCUGGACAGAAAAUACAUCAUCUCCCGUCAGCAGGCGGAGGUGCCCCUGUCUGUGCCCUGGGACCCCACCAACCAGGUUUAUUUGAGCUACAAUAACGUCUCUGCUCUGAAGAUGUUGGCGGCACAAAACAACUGGAACCUGAGCUCAGAAAAAGACCAGGUGCGGUUGUUCACGGUGGAGCAUCCCUCCAUGCUGAGCUUCAGGGUGGAGUCGGAGGUGGAUGUUCCGGCUCCCAGGGCCUUUAGUCUGUUGUCCGAGCUCAGCACCAGGCACCUCUGGGACCCCCACUACAAGGAGUGCGAGCUGAUCCGCCGCGUCGACGCUGAUAACUCUCUGUACCGUGUGGUCACUCCCCCGGUGAGAGCGGGGGCUGUGGGCUCCUCUACGUCGCCCCCUGGAGGAGAGGGCGUGCUGCAGGACUUUAUUCUUCUGGCCUCAAAGAGGAAGCCCUGUGCCAGCGGUGACCCGUACGUCAUCGCCCUGCGCUCUGUGACUCUGCCCACGCACCCCCCGACCCAGGGCCUCACCCGAGGAGAGGUGCUCUGUGCGGGAUUCACCAUCCUGGACACGCCCCCCGACAAGGCUCUGGUCUCAUAUUAUAACCAGGCGUCGGCGGAGCUGCUGCUGCCUUACAUCUCCACAGACAUGGCUGGGCUCUCCUCCUCCUUCUACCACACCUUCUGCUCCUGCCGCCAGUACCUCACUCACCACCGGCUCCCGACGCCCCAGGACCUGAGUCUGCAGAGAGCCGUGAGCAGCGAGAGCCAAUCCUCCGAGAGCGACACUGAACGCCUCACAGCCGCAGUCAUACGCACCCAGCUGUGAGCGCCUGAACGCACCUGAACACACCGCAGCAACUGAACGCACCGCAGCAACUGAACGCACCGCAGCAGCUGAACACACCUGAACAUACCUGAACGCACCGCAGCAACUGAACACACCUGAACGCACCGCAGCACCUGAACACACCUGAACACACCGCAGCAACUGAACGCACCGCAGCAACUGAACGCACCGCAGCAACUGAACGCACCGCAGCAUCUGAACACACCGCAGCAACUGAACACACCUGAACGCACCUGAACGCACCGCAGCACCUGAACGCACCGCAGCACCUGAACACACCU